UAUGCACACUUUGGGACGCAAAUCAUAUGCUAUUUUACGCCAUGAGUUGCAACAACAAGAUCCAGAGAAGAAAGAACCUUCUCAAGCAAAGGUUUACAAGGAAUCAAGAAAAAGAAGUGCUGAAAGGACAUACAUUAGCAGCUUUGAAAAAGCAAAAGAGAAUAUUGACAAAAUUGAUGCUUUGGAGUCAGCACAAUCACAAGAAGAUGGUAAUGUAUGCAAUGACCCUUACAGUGAAGUGAUUCCACCUCCUAAACACAAAAGUCGUUUGCAUCUAUAUGGCUCGGGUGUGAAGAAGAGUGAUUUGAAGAACAAAGAUACAAAGUCAAAUUACAUACUCCCGGAGGAAUUCCUGGUAGGCAUAAAAACACAAUUAGUCCAAGAAAUUGCACCUACCAUCACUGCUGCAGUUUUGGAUUCGAUUCGCGAGGUGAACCCCGGGAUUAAUCUUGUGGUUCCUAGUACUCUGCAGCAAUUGACUCCGCAUGAUGCAUCUAGUGCACCAAAUCGAAAUACUGCCCAAAGUGGACAAUCUUCAAAAUCAUUUAAUCAGGUGCUUGAUGACGAUGAGCUACCCCGGGAUGAAUGAAGUAAGGACUAAUGUUGAUUUUAUGUAUCUAUUGCAACUUCUAGAGAGUUUUCAAAUUAAACGUUUGUUAAUUUAUAAGCUAGUGAACUUUCAUUUAUAAUUAGUUAGUAUUGACACUUCGUUUACUUUUAUAAUGCAACGAAUAUAUAUUAUAUGUACUUCGUUUAUUUUGUAAUGCAACGAAGAUAUAUUAUAUGUA